AUGAUUGGACCUGACAAGGAUGUUGAUACAUAUCUUUUAACUCGGAAAAUUGUAUAUGUGGUCUAUAGUGUAUUUAUUUUGGGAUAUUUGAGAUUUGCCUGCUGUUUUAAUAAGACCAUUUCCAGGUCAAGUAACCGCCUGCCAUACUGCACAAAAGAGUGAAUGUGGCAACUGGCAAGUGCCUAUAAACUCUGUACCAUCAUUCAUAAUUCUGUGUUUUGUCCAAAAUAUUUUUAACUUCCUUAACAUUUGUUACUCGUGUCCUUGAAGAUGAUGUUUACCUGGUGCCUGAGAUUGACGGCAUCAGAAUUCUGAGUAACGAGAAACACGAAUUCCUUCAGAAAGUUCCAAGUAAGUUGAAAUUAUUGUAAUGGACGAAUUUGUUUAGAACGUAAAUUAUACGCAACUUUGAUAACUAUAGUUUUAGUUUACGGAGUAAAGAAUAGAAUAAUGAGGCACUAGAAUUAUGUAUAGGACUUAUUCAUGUAGAUAAUCCCAAUAUUCUAUGCUUCCAUACAUCGAAACAAUAGUAGAUUUUGGUAAAAAAAAAUAGAUACGAAUUUGGUACAUGUGUGAACGUGUCUCUUCGUUGCAUUGCAUUACUGUCGGUGUAGUAGUUGUUGGCUGUAGUUUUUGUUGCAGUUCAUUUAGUUAUAGUUAUUAGUACUGUUGUUGGUGAAAUUGUAAUAAUUGUAGUAAUUGCUGAUGUUGCUUAAUUAGUGAUAUCGAAUAAUGAUUGGCUAACUAUAAGGGCUUCCUCACAGGGACAUACUCACCAAUACACCCUUUCGAUAAUUACGUCAUUUGGCCUGGGAGCCUCGCUCUCAUGAAUCGUGAGCCAAUCACCUUGCGUAAUUUACUAAUGAGAGCGAGGCUCCAAGACCAAAAAGUAUAUGUGACGUAAUUAUCGAAAGGGUGUAUUAGAUAUGGAUUAGCCGCGAGGUGAAAAUCUGGAUAGAACGUCAGACUGAUGCAUAGUUUGGCUAGUGACAAACUGGUCACUUCUCAAUAAAACUGCAGUACUCUCAGGACGAAAGGAUAUAUCACAGCUCGGUUUGCAUAAAAAAUAGUUCAGAUCGAAAAAGGCUUUAUCAAAUAAUUGCCAAAAUAUUGACAAAAUCGUGUAAAACACAGUAUGAAAUCUGUCGUUUACAGGUGUUGUUGAGAACGUAUUUAAGAUCGGUUCAGUUGAAUCUGGGGCCAUGUUGUAUGAAGCUAUGAAAGAAUUUGAGGUGAGUGUGGAAGAGAUAUAUGUUAUGGACUGAGGGAGAGGUCCAGACUGGAGGAUUGUAGUCGAGGUUUUCCUUUGUAUAUGUAUCGAGCCGUAGGCGACGUUUAGUAUUCUGAAAAUUAAUGAGCAAAACAUUUUUUUAUACACCCUGUAUAUUAAAGAGCGAAGAGAAAGAGUCUUGGACUAAGCUGAUCCAAGCCGAAGUCAAUGUUAUCUACAAGGCGGAAGUCUGAGAUUGGUAGCGUUUUAAACUUUAUUUUUAGCAUUACUCUUACGUACAUUAUGUUUUGUUUAGAAAAAGAGUGCCAAAGCUGAUGAAUAUAUUCGACUAAUAAAAACCAAAUUAUCAGAAGCUGUCAAACAGUGUAUCCAAGCUGCAGGAUCGGAAUUUGAGCAAACAUUACAGAGAGGUUUAUUAAGAGUAAGUCUAUAGUGUUAUGCUUAUCAUGGUCCAUAGUCUAAACAUUUUUAAUGGUCUGCACUCUGCAGUUUAAAUGAGGUUAUGCGACAACCAAGGUUAUCAACUACAAUCAUGGCCAAUUGUUGUGGAACAACAGGCGCAAUCUCCGAGUGUCUGUCUUCCAACUUAAAAAGCCACGAUUGUAGAUUAACCAUGCUCCGAUACCUAACCACGUCACGUGAUCGAGAGGUAUGUAAUAUGAGAGUGGUAGGGCGUUUGGCACCAGUUACCGUUGGGUAAGCAAACAUUUUGAGGCAAACAAAUUUUGAUUCGUACUACAUUUUCUACCAAUUAUUUUAAUUGAUGUGGAGGUAUUAGCUCUUUAGAGGUGGUAAUCUGCUCAAAAUUCUACUUGGAUCUUUACCAACCUGCUAACCAGGGUCAUAUUUCACUUGGUUACUCGUUUACCUGAAUCCAUGUAACAGUAGUCGUUCCAGGUCGCCCCUCGGUCAACUCGGGUAACACCUAAGUAAGGUGUUAACUGUUGUGAUUAAUUAAUGUAUAGGUGGAGUAAGGUGUUAACUGUUGUGAUUAAUUAAUGUAUAGGUGGAGUAAGGUGUUAACUGUUGUGAUUAAUUAAUGUAUAGGUGGAGUAAGGUGUUAACUGUUGUGAUUAAAUGUAUAGCCAUGUCAUUAACCUGCGACGCAGGCGCUUGCGGAUGAAGAGCUAGGCCGGAGUUCGGCUCGCCUCUUCCAACCCGCAAGCGCCUGCCUUGAAGGCUACCGUUACCGUGAAACUGCUGAAAAAGUCAUGAAUUCAUGGAAAUAUACAUGCAAGUCACUGCCAAACACAAGACCUUACCAAGAACUGAUAAAGAAAUUUAUACGUAUUUUAGGCGGCGUCCUUUGGGAAGAGUUUUGUGACAGAGCUGGAGCCUCAUAAGAAAUUUGUGGAAAUGUGUCAAAUAUUGAGAGUUCUAAACGCUGUCAGGGAUUACACUGUGGGAGUGCCAUUAACCUUAGUACAGUAUCCUUUGAUCAUUAUGAGCUUUUAUUCCACCAAGAUCAACACAUAUGUAAUGUGUACGUAGUAAUCAACGUGAUUAUAAUGAUAAUACGUUUAAUUCAUAAUUAUUCAAUUGCAUGAAAAUCACUAUCCACCUCCCGAAUAUAUGCUUAUCAAUUAUAUAGCGCAGCUCACUCCUUAAAGUGAUAAAACUGACGUCGCCUCGCCCUUUAUGCCUUUGUCAGGUCAGAGUUUAUUAGAAUAUUAAUCAUUGCCCCAUUGCAACAAUUAUUAUGACAACGGGACAAAAAGCGAUUUCAGUGACAAAGACGAUAUCACUGACAUGUCGUUUUUAUGUCACCCUGUUAUGGCCCUAAUAGUGAUAUCAAUUCAAUACGCAUGUGAACUUUAAGAUCAUUCUUUCUCUCUAAAUUUAUAUUUUUUCGCCUUAAUCUAUAUAAGAUUGGAGAAAAUGUCCAUGACUGUGCUCAUUGACAGGUAAGAAUGACAAAUCAAAUCAGUCUUGCUUCAAAAUGCAGUAUGCUCUUCCUUCCAUCAAUGAGAGGCAUGCAAGUACUUAGGUUGUUUCAGUCAAUCAUGACUAGCUGUAAAUAGACUAUUGUUAAGUUUCGAUGGGAUUCGCUCGUGCAACAGCGUUCGCUAAGCACAGCACCUACCAGAUCAAACUGGAUCAUCCAGUUUCAUUUUCUAUCUUGCCUAACAUAUUUUGUAAUUUGCCUAAUCAUCUUGCCUAACAUAUUUUGCUGCAGUAAUUACUUAUUUUUCCAACUUAUUUUGUUUGAUCAGAUUGAUUCUACGACGUCAGUAUUGUUUGGCAAUUCGUAUCAGUAAUUAUUUAAAAAUUCCCAAGACUGAUGGUGAAAGUAGAAUUCUGGCCCACUGGGCAUGUUAUAAGGUAAAUAUCGUACCUAGCUUGCACUCAUCAAGAUUUGGAAUGUGAGGAGUAUAUUUGUAAAAGCAUGAAUAAUUCAUGAGAAAAUUGAAAAGAAAUCAAUGUUCAAUACUGACUCGUCCCCAGUCGUCUCUUUACAGGUGGACAUUAUAGUGUUGCACUUGCCGCCGCGCGCGUGGCAGUGAGCUCUAUAUAUAUCUGGAGUAUCUCACAUUUAAAAGUCUAAAGCAUAGUGUAUCAUUCUUUACUGUUUACAACAUUUAAAGUUGUCUUGUAUUUAGACGACUGGGGACGAGUCAGUGUUCAAUAAACAGCAUGAGCGGCCGUGUUGUAUCAGAUAUACAAACACCAGCUGAAAACGAGUGCUUGUAUACUGUAUCUCUGACACAAUACCAUCCUCGUUCCCAGGGCUUCUCGGCUGCAUACGGACACGAAUACUGCAUAUAAUUUACGCAAGGAUGUUUAUAGUCGUAUUUCUCAAGUAGGUUCCUGGUUGAGAGAGUUUCAACUACCUGAAAAAUAUAAGCAAAACUGCGUCGUUUCGAGCGAAGGCCCUUCGUCAUGAAGUUAGUAGCUACUAAGUUGGUGGUUGGAAUUUAGUCAUCGCUACUCGCGUCGCUCGAGACGUCGAAGUUCUGGUUUUAUUUUCAGGUAGUUGUAUUUCUCUCAAUCCGCAGCUGCCUUGUUGUCGUCGCUACCUGUACUGGCACAGACCAAAUGUAUUUUACUAUUCAGAAUAUUGAGGGAAAGUUUUGUAAUUUUUGAGAAUUCUGUAUGUGUGGAUACAACAAGAUUGAUUUCUUUUGAAUUCUCUUCAUGAAUUAUUAAUAAGUUUUACGAAUAUUAUACAUAAUAUAGAGGCGGUUGAAAAUAAGCAUCCCCACAUAUUGUCAAUGAUUGAGUAUUGUUCACUCAAUAUGUAGUAUUUCGCAAAAUGGAGGCAAUUUACUCUCACACCAAGGGACCUCGGGAUGAAAGGAGCCGCCAAUAUUGAGCAAUUCCCCUCUCAAAUAUUGAGCAGUUCCCCUCGCACCAAAGGAUCCGCGAAAUCUCUGCAGUAAAUACGAAGCUAAAAUAAGCAUGUUUGUGAUUGGCUUCAUUAAACAAAUCUGAUCAGAGUUCGUGACGCAUUCUUUAGAAAAUAUAUUCAAUAUUUUUAUUGUGUUUUAUUGUUAUGAUCAACCAAUCACGGAACCUUUCUUAUAGCUUCGUGCUGAUGCAAGAUCUCGUCUGCUGCCACGGGCAACCCAGACUUUAGUUGUAGCUCCUGUUCAAAGUUAUUUUAAAUUUUAUCCUUCAUACCAAUCAGGUGCAACAAACGAAUAAAGAUGACGAGGAUAUAGCUCAAGCCAUUGCAGCUAAACUUGGAGACACACCUGGCAUUUCCUACACUGAAAUUGCAUCGAAAGCCUUGGAUUGUGGCCGAACUCAACUUACCAUCAGGGUGCGUAAUAUAUUAAAGAUACUAAAAUCCUUAAAUCCUUUGUUCUGUUCUUCAUCUGAGGCCUUUAUCAAUCAUUGUUUCAACUGAGUUAGUAGAAGAAAGUUAUAGUACAGUUAAUACCUGUUUAAUUAAUGUUUUUAUGCAUCCAGUUCAAGUCAACUUUGAUUCAAGAAGCAAUAUCUUUAAGAAGCAAUAUCUUACUGCGUAAAAUAUCAAAUUUUGUUAAUUUAUGUUUCUUCUACUACGAUAGCUUUUAGAUUAUGAAUCAAAAGCAGCAGAUCAAGUUCCAUUGUUGAUUGAGAUGAAGAAAAAUCAACUUGCUUUGGAGAAAGCAAUUGAAAGUGGAGAUACAGAUUUAGGUGGAAAUUUAUGUUCAGUUACAUACAUUUUUUCUGAGGACUAUAUAGUAUAAACUAUAAGUGUAAUUGGUAUGACGAUUUUAGGUUUUGCUGUAGGUAAUUAUUGACGAAUGUUUUAAUGUGGUGGUGCCCUUCUCCAUUAUUGUCAGGCUGAAGAUUGGAUCUGGGACCAAUUCUUAACAUAACCCGAAUCCUAAUACUAUGCCUAUUUUGCUGUAGUUUAUAUGGUCGUAAUGGAUCUUAAAGAAAAACAACCUUUGAAGGAAUUUUUAAUGACUUUACGACAUUUCCCAAUUGCUCUCAGUCUUUUUGUUAAGGUAAUAAGAACUUUGUAAUAACUAAUAUGCCGAUAUUAGAAGCUAGGUUUUCUUGAGAAACCCACAGUAGGAAAUUAAUUUACAGUGGGAAAUCACGAAACCCAUAAUUGUCAUAACGACCCCAUAAAAAGAGUCAAAUCUCUGGUGUCCAGAAUGACUCUUUUGGGCUCGUUUUGACUCUUUUCAAUUUACAGUCCCUUGUUUUUACAUGUAAAAUUACAAGGUACACCUACAUUUACAAGUAAAAAUGCCAAACGCAAGGAUCCAGUACAAGUAGCAUUCUACAAAAGAAUGUGUUGGUCAAAACAACUGAGACAUUACAAGAAUCGAUUAUUGCAAGUUAUGUUGCAUCUUUGAUUAUGUUUCAAAAUUGUGAGAACGACGCAUCAGUGUCAACCCAGACCUAGGGCCUUCUAUUUAUAUUACAGCGCUUUUUUACGUGGGAAGACUGGAACCUAGGCAAUUUAGGGCGGGGCGAAGGAAUUGCCACCUGAGACGUCAUUGAAGUCGAUUAACCUGAAAAUCAAGUGCCGCCUGCCGAGUAAAGGCCCUUGGUCUAAGUAGGCAUAGGGCGUAAAAAAAAUGCCUGUGGUUCCGGUUCCCGACCGACCCUAUUUUUUUCUGCCGACCCUAUUAUUUUUUCAACGCGAUUGACCGUGCGACCUUAUUUUCUCCAGGUGGUUGCGGGCUGCUCAUACAGCGUGCCAAAAAUUAUGGCGUCUGUUGUCACACUAAUUAUUGAACCAAAUUGCCUAAAUUCGUCCAUAGGAAAUACGCAUCUCUAGUUAAUAUUGAUGUCGGGACUCUACUGCAAAUCGCCCAUGAGCAAAAAACCGCCAAAACCAUGAAAAAAUUAAAAAAAAAAUUAUUUCCGACCUACCGACCCUAAUUUUUUCACGAUAUGAAACCGAAAGUACAGGUAUUUUUUUUUACGCCUAGUGUAUAAUACUGCGUUAUAUCAACCUGCAUGUGUACUAUGUUGUAGGAGGCAAGUGUCGCUUGCAGAGUGAUGUUAUUUAAAACUAUUGAAAGAAAAAUUGUGAACAAGGUUGCCGUUUCACUCCACAAACGUGUUAAUAACGUACCCAAGAGGAAACACAAAAUGAACGAAAAUGAAAAAUACUGGCGCAAUAACACGUUCCAUUUUAAUUCCGUAUAAUUAUGUACAUUCUGUAUCAUUCUCGUCCUCUAGCCAUUUGCACCCGGUCACUCGUUGAAAAUUAGGCUCUGGGUCAGACGAUUAAAGGGAGAGAUCUGAUUGGCUUCUCAGAGAACUGCUAUUUCGCAGAAGUUGAGCAGUUUUCGCUAGCCAAAAUUAUUCUAUCAACAUAUGUCAACAUAAAUACUUCGUUUCUUCGUAAUACUUCACUGUGAAAAUGGUAACGGGUGCCAAAACGUCCCAAUUCAAGAGCAUGCGCUUUAGAAACUACUACACUCUAAAAACACUCUGGUUAAAUCCAACCAGGAAUUGGGUUAAUAAUCCACCCAACACAUUCUGGUUAAAUUUAACCCAUUUCCUGGUUAAAAAUGAUCAAUUCAACAAAAAUUUGGUACACUUUUUUGGACGUUUAACCAGGAAAAUGGUUAAUUUUUUUUAACCAGACUUGUGUAGGUGGAUUUUUAACCCCGUACUGGUUGAAUUAACCCAAAUUUAACCAGAGUGUUUUUAGAGUGUAGCUGCAAGUUUUCUUGCACUACCGGUUCCGUGUGUCACAGGACCAUAAGACAGGACCUAGGCAGGACGCCUAGAAAAUUGCUUUGAAAAUUGCAUAAAAAUUAUUGGUGUAACAUGGGCUUGCAAUAGCAUGCAACUAACACAAAAUUUUCAACUCUUAUUUAGUAUUGUAAAGAACAAGAUCUUAAGACAUUGGAAAAUUUGUACAAGAUCGAUGAUCAAUUUCUUAAUCUGGGAUUGCUUCACUUGCAUGACAGCUGUACUAAAACUGUAAGUCGAGUGAUUGUAGGAAACAGUGACCCCUCUCAUUGCACCUUUUGCGAGAGACAUUAAAUUUUGCAUCGUUCUUGCUAUAUAACAUUCUCCCGUGUUCUGCUUACUCAACAUGUGUAAUACUCUCUUGUUAUUUAGACAUUUGAUGACAGGACUGCAUGCUUGAAAGAAUCACUGAAAUAUUUUAACCAAGGCAACCUUUUAUUCCCGAAACAGGUUCGUGUUUUCACAUUUUUUCAUGUACCUGUUUUUCACGUACGGCUUUUUCAUGUACAGCGUUUUCAUGUAUAGCGUUUUCAUUUCGUGUCUAUGGAACAUUUUGUUGUUAAACCUGUUUUACAGCAUUGAUCUGAAAGUGUACACCCUAUUCACAUAAUUUGUUUGGUUGAGGGUAUAAAGAAGCGAUGUCGAAUCCAACCUGUCUCAUUAAGAACAUUGGGGGUAAAAUUCAGUUUCAUUUGAUCAACAUGGCGGCCAAAAAUGAAAUGCUAAUAUCAGGGAGGGUGUCAGCCAAAAUGUUCAGAUUCUUUUUAAGGUUGGAUUAGACGUAACUUCUUAACUUUAACCAAGCGUUUUAACUAAUUGUGUGUAUAACAUAAAUAUAGUUUUUAAUUAACAGCCCUUUAAGAUGAUAUUGAGGUCAGCAAUAUAAUUUUUCAACACUUUCUAACUCAAGGAGUUUAUAAUUGCAUCAACUCAAAAGUUAUAAUUGCAUCAACUCAAAAGAACACUCGAAGAUGUAUAUCCUUAAUUUUAUAAGUUUGGCGUGAAAACGAUCUAUCAAUCCUCCAUUUAGUGGGGACAAAGCGAAUUCUGUUAUAUCUAUUAUAUGUUUCAAUGAGUGAGGCAUGCACCCAAAAUGAUUAUCAGGGUAAAAAACAUUGAUUUCGAAUAAGCUUAAACUUUUGUUCAGGUCACUCUUGAAAAAUGCUCUUGUUAUUACACAAGAUUAUUCUCCCAUUUUUUCUCUUGCAGAUCGUGGAAGAACAAAUCAAACUAUUAGAAAGACAGAAACUAUUUGAAGAACAGUUAAGGUUGCCAGGGCUAUCUGGAUUAUCAGUUAGUGAUACCAUUUUUCAGGUGUGGUUUUGGUAAAUUAUGUUGCAAUAAUAUAUUGAAAUUGAAUUGGAAUAAAAAGGGCAGAAAUCAACUAGACAUCUUGCAAUAUAUGCGUUUUUAUUAUUUACAACAUUGUUUCGUGAUUCACUUCCUUUAUAGUGUGUUUAUAAAGGUGCUUUCAAAGAGGCUGAACAACUGAGGAAAGAAUUUAAAGUUCCAGAUAAAAG